CAUUUUGAGAUCUAAAACAUAACCUAUAAAUCUUUUGUGCAAUCUAGUGUUUUAUAAAAGAUUGUCAUUACAUUUGUUGUAUAAAUAAAUAAUUUCUCUAGUUUAUAAGCGCUUUUUUAAUUUGUCUUUAUGGCGUCAAAAAAGGUAUUUGAUCGGUGUUGUAAUCCUUUUGAGUUGGAAUCUCAUUUUAAAAAAAUUGGUUUACGUCCGGCGACUGAUAUUAUGAAAGUAACGUUAGGAUUAGAUGAUAAUUAUUUAUUAUGCAGUUCAUGUCGAAAAAAAGCUUCAGAGUUAGUGAAGCAACAAACAAAUGCUCGUAAUGAUCCUAGUGCUGAUGUAAGUGACCGUGAAGACAACUAUAGUGACAAUAAUGACAACAAUGAUCAGGCUGAUAAUGAUAGUAAUACAACUGCCACGGAUCUCCCAUUAUCCUUAUCAUUCCGUUCCAUGUCAUUUGAUAGCGAACCCAAAGCAUCACAAUCAAGCUCAGGAUCCCAAGUUAGCGCUGCAACUCAAUUACCCGUAAUAAACCAUGCAUUAGAAUUGUUAAAUCAAUCACCGAUUCCAUCGAAGAAAUUGAAUGAUAAUCAAUUUUUGAACAAUAAAAUAAAUCGGGUAUCCGACAGCUUGAAAAAAGUUUUGCUUUCUUCUUCAGAUGAAGAAUCGAUUGAUGACGAUGGUGAAAAUUUUCGCUCUCUAAUUAAAAUGUUGUAUGAUAAAUUCAACGAUAAAGAAACUGAUAAGUCUUUGAAAAUACAAAUUUUAACAUUAUUACCUGUAAAAUGGAGUGAGAGACGUAUUUGUGAAACUAUGAAUACAUCAAGACAUUUGUCAAGAGUAGCAAAAAUUUGGUUGAAGAAACGGGUUUACUUUCUACACCUGAAUCGAAAUUAGGUAUGGGUAGCGUAAAAUCGAUGUUUUAAAUACACUUGAAAACUAAAUUACUCAACAUUUUUGUAUAGGGAGGACAAUUACUGAUCAGGUAAAAUUAAAAGUUGAAAAUUUUUACAACGAUGAUGAGUAUAGUGCUCAAAUGCCCGGUAUGAAAGACUUUGUAUCAAUUCGAAGUGAUGAUGGUAAUCGGAUACACGUCCAAAAAGACUUAUCCUGUCUAACUUAAAAGAAUUAUACCAAUGUUUCUGUGAAAUAAAUCCUGCUGAGAGAAUUGGAUUUUCAAAAUUCGCUUCUUUGCGACCAAAACAUUGUGUGUUAGCAGGGGCAAGUGGAACACACACCAUCUGCGUGUGUACGAUUCAUCAAAACGUGAAGUUAAUGAUGCUUGGUGCAAAUAUUUAUUCUUUGACAAGGAACACAGAAAAGCCCAUUAAACACUACAGCGAUUACUUGAGCAUGAUUAUAUGUGAAAAUCCAUCUUUUCAGUGUUAUUUAGGUGGAUGUAAAAACUGU